GUGUUGCGUUGUUUUGCUAGCUAGCUUGUUGGUUCCCUCUGGUUACACAGUCUCACUUUCAUUUUAAUCAACAGUGGCAGGUUAUUAGGGUUUUUCAAUGAUUUCAUUUUAUCCUGUGUAGCUUAUGCUACUGUGCGGAAUAUAACAACGACAUUUCUGUUUAUAGUCAGCGUCACUUAACAUUUCUUCAACAUGACUUCUCGGCGACCUGAUAGCUUUGACGGCUUAGGUUACAGAGGAAGGGAGGAUCCGUCAUUCGGUGGGGGCUAUUCUGGAAGGUCAUUCAAUAAUGCAUCUAGUGCUGAUUUGCAGAACUGGGUCACGACCCCCCCUGACAUCCCAGGUAGCCGAAAUUUGCAUUUCGAUGAACGCACACCACAAUUUGAGACGGGCCCUGCUCCUCCAGGGUCUGACGAUCCCCAGGCAGCUGCUCCACCAUCCGAGCAAUUAAACAGAUUUGCUGGAUUUGGCAUUGGACUUGCAAGCCUCUUUACAGAAAAUGUCCUGGCUCAUCCGUGUAUUGUGUUUCGUCGCCAAUGUCAGGUUAAUUAUCACGCGCGGAACUAUCAUCUGUCCCCCUUUACUGCGGUCAGUGUGAUGUACAAUGUCACCAAAUCUCAGGGUCCAAAAGCUUUAUGGAAAGGAAUGGGUAGCACUUUUGUAGUACAGGGAGUUACUCUGGGAACAGAGGGAAUCAUCAGUGAAUGCACUCCUUUACCAAGAGAAUUAUCCCACAAGUGGAACCCCAAGCAAGUUGUUGGACACCUCGUGCUUAAAGGUCUGACGUACGUUGUUGCCAUGCCUUUCUACUCUGCAAGUCUCAUUGAGACUGUUCAGAGCGAGAUCAUCCGGGACAACCCGGGCAUCCUGGACUGCGUGAAGGAGGGCGUGGGCCGCGUGAUGGGCCUGGGCGUGCCGCACAGCAAGCGCCUGCUGCCCCUGUGGGCCCUGGUGCUGCCCACCGCGCUGCACGGCAUCCUGCACUACGUGGUCAGCUCGGCCGUGCAGAAGCUGGUGCUGGCGCUGCUCCGCCGCCGACGCUCCCCCCCGUCCUCCUCCUCCUCGCCGUCCACCACCUCCUCCUCCGCGACCGCCGCCGGCGCUUCCUCGCCGCCCCUGUCCCCGUCGUCCAAGAGCAACGGCGCGCCGGGCCAGGCGGACGCGGUGCAGAGCAUGCUGGACGCCUACUUCCCCGAGCUGAUGGCCAGCUUCUGCGCCAGCCUGGUGGCCGACGUGCUGCUCUACCCGAUGGAGACGGUGCUGCACCGGCUGCACAUCCAGGGCACGCGCACCAUCAUCGACAACACCGACCUGGGCUUCGAGGUGCUGCCCAUCAACACGCAGUACGAGAGCCUGCGCGAGUGCGUGGGCGCCAUCCGCCGCGACGAGGGCACGCUGGGGUUCUACAAGGGCUUCGGCGCCGUGCUGGUGCAGUACUCGCUGCACGCCGCCGUGCUCCAGAUCACCAAGAUGAUCUACUCCACCCUGCUGCAGAACGCGUGAGAACCGGACUGAUGGAUGACGGAGGCGACAGAGAGAGAGAGAGAGAGAGGGAGAGAGAGAGAGAGGGGGGAGAAUGAGAAGGUGUCAGAUAGACACACGUGCGGUACACACCCACACACUUUGGCACACACAGAGGAUAUGCAGAUGAGGCCUCCAAGGUUUACCUUCUUAAACACAAAGACACUGUCUGAGCGUGAUUCCUUUGUGUGAAGGGGGUGUGUUUUUUUUUUUAUUUUUGUUGUUGUCGUUUUUUUUUUUUUUUUUUUUCGUCUUGGCUUUGAUUGGUGAUGGGUUCAUUCCAGAUGAGACUCUUGAUGUGAAUUCUUUGUUUGUGCAUACAUGUAAGAAAGAGAUUUUCAGAAAAUUAAGGUUAAACUUAUCCACAUGCACUUGUAGGAAGUUUAGAUGAUGCUUUGUAUCUGUAACAAUGGCUCUGAUUCCAAAGGCACUGGCUCAAUGCAUGACCUCUCCUGUCCAAAUAUCUGUGUGUAGUAAUAUGGCAAAUCUAAAACCUUACACGUUCACCAAAAUUGGAAUAUAUGUGUUGUGCUCUCAAUGUAUAGCCUUGGUUCUCCUGACCUUCUCAGACAUAUAGUGCUCUGUAAAUUGUCUUUCAACUCUGACCACACACACAUGCUUUCUAAUCAUCCGAUCUUUUCAGCAAUAUCUUCCUCUCCUCUUUGACCUGUUUGGAGUGAAUGUUGCUUUUGGGUUAGAUGCGCGUGAACACUUGAGAAUGGACUGUGCCAAUUUGCCCUAGAUAGAUUUGUAUACAGAUUGUACAGAAAAAAAAUAUAUACAAAUAGUGUAAAUGUCUUUAAAUUAUUAUUUGCACCUAAGUGGAAAUGUGUGAUAUGUCAAGUUGUCUAAUUGUGUUUGCAUCCACAAGGAUUUAUGUCAGACGUACUUGCGUCAUUUAAAAAUGUAUAACAUUCAAGGAUGGAAUAAAGCAAACUAAUGCACUUCUUAGA